UAGAUGUCACUACUCAUUCAUGUACCUACUUGCACCUAUUAGGAGUGUAAGCAUAGAGAAGUGCAGACAUUCAACAUUUAUAUUUGGCCCUAUAGAAAUAGCAUUGAACAUUUCCCAGUGUGAACACAUCACCAUUAUAGCUCCUACCAGGAAUAUAAGAAUUACGGGGUCCACUCUAGUCACGCUGUAUCUUUUAACUCCAACGAGGCCUGUUAUUCUCGGUGGUAACGACAGCAUCUUAUUGGCUCCCUAUCAUACCUUUUAUGGUCAUUUAGAGGACCAUCUCACCAAAGCAUCUCUAAGCGCUUCCCCUAACAUGUGGGACCAGCCAUUAUGUAUAGGUCCCGAUCACCAGAGGGAACUUCCUGUAUGGGAGUUGAUGUCUCCGC